AUGUUGAAGCCAGACUUUGUUUUUCUGUCUGAAACUCUUAGCUCGCAGUCUCAAUUGGAAGUUGUUCGAGUUCGUCUUGGAUUUUGCGGUAAGAUUGUUGUUGAGAAAUUUGGUCGUAGCGGUGGUCUCUGUCUAAUGUGGGGGGACUCCGUUGAUGUUGAGCUUAUCCAAUUCUCUAAGUUUCAUAUUGAUGUGUUCAUCCAUGUUGUUGGUUCCCCAUCUUGGCGUUUUACGGGGUUGUAUGGUCAGCCUGAUGCUAGCCUUAGGAAGGAUUUCUGGCGUUUCUUGGGUAUGUUGGCUUCGUCUUAUGAUGGCCCUUGGUUAUGCGGGGGUGAUUUGAAUGAAAUUCUUGUUGCUAGUGAGAAAGAUGGUGCAGCAUCUAGGCCCAAUUACCUCAUGAGGAACUUCAAACAAGCUUUAUCUGAUUGUAAUCUUAUUGAUUUGGGUUUCUCGGGCCCGAACUUUUGGGGUUCUGAUCAUCGCCCUCUUCAUGUCCAAUUUAAUCAUACUAAUGAGGGCAUUAAGGGGCAUGUGUUGCUUAAGUCUCGGUUUCAUUAUGAGACUGCUUGGGAGGAGGAUGAGGAAUGUGGGAAUAUUGUUUCUUUGGCUUGGAAUAGCGGUGUGGGGUAUAACUUUGAGACUUUGGCUACUAAAAUUGCUAAUGUUGCUACUAAUCUUGGUCAUUGGAACACUACCGUGUUUAAAAGGCAUCAUCGGGAUAUUAAGAAAAAACAAAAGCAAUUAAAAAUUCUGGAUGCUUCUCUCUCAGCUGCUAAUUUGAAAGAUUAUGUGUCUCUUGAGAAGGAUUUGGAUGUGCUUCAUUAUAAAGAAGAAAAAUAUUGGGCACCCCGCUCUAAGCAGAAUUGGCUCAAGCUGGGUGACCACAACACUGCUUAUUUUCAUAAGAGUGCCACAGCUCGGAAAAAAAGAAACUUUGUUGGCUCUCUUUUCGAUAAGAAUGAUUCUGAAGUGUUCGGGCAAGAGAACCUCGCGGGUGUCUUUCAAGACUAUUUCCAGUCUAUUUUCGAGUCUGGUUCUCCUACUUGUGCUGAUAUGGAUCCUGUUCUUAAUGCUAUUGUUCCCAAGGUCACUUCUCGUAUGAACGAGCAACUGACUAGACCCUAUACUGGCGAGGACGUGAGGAAGGCUCUUUUCCAAAUGAAUCCUUCUAAAAGUCCUGGCAAGGAUGGUAUGUCUGCAGGCUUCUAUCAGAAGUAUUGGGAUACUGUUGGUCCUGAAGUUAGCUCUAUUUGUCUCCGUUUUUUGAAUGAGGGUGGGCAUAUUAAAGGUAUCAAUUCUACUCUUAUCACUCUUAUCCCAAAAAUUGAUGAUCCUAAAUAUGCUUCGGAUUUUCGUCCUAUUAGUUUGUGUAACGUGCUUUACAAGAUUAUCGCAAAAUCUAUGACUAAUCGGUUAUGUGAGAUUCUGGGUUCAGUGAUUUCUGAUGAGCAGAGUGCCUUCCUCCCUGGACGCCUUAUUACUGAUAUCGCCAUGAUUGGCUUUGAGUGUGUUAACCAUCUGAAACGGCGUGUUAAAAGUAAAAAUGGUGCUUUUGCUCUCAAGCUUGACAUGUCUAAAGCCUAUGAUCGUGUUGAAUGGAGUUUUUUAUGUAGCCUUAUGAGGAAACUGGGCUUUCAUGAGAAAUGGAUCAGUUUAGUUCUGGCUUGUAUUUCUUCGGUUGACUUUGCUUUUAAUUUGAAUGGUGAAAUUUUGGGUAAAAUUAUUCAUGGCAGGGGUCUUCGACAAGGUAAUCCUUUGUCACCCUUUCUAUUUCUGAUCUGUGUGGAAGGUUUGUCUGCUCUUGUACAGCGUGAUUGUGUGAAUGGUGCACUCUCGGGUCUCUCUUGUGGGCGUACUGGUCCCCAGGCUUCUGGUCAACUUGUGAAUUUUUCUAAGUCUGCCAUGUGUUUUAGUCCUCGGAUUUCUUCUAGUGAUGCUGCUGACAUGGCCGCUAUUCUUGGUGUCCCUAUGGUUGUUUGCCAUGAGAAGUACCUUGGUCUUCCCUGUUAUGCUGGCCAGAGUAAGAAAGGUCUUUUUCAAUCCCUCAAAGACCGUAUUUGGAAUAAAUUGUUUAGCUGGAAAUCUCGGUCCUUCUCUGCUGCUGGGAAAGAGGUGCUUAUUAAAUCUGUCAUCCAAUCUAUCCCUGCUUAUUCUAUGAACUUGUUUAAGGUUCCUGCUAGUUUCAUUAAAGAAAUUCAUCGGCUCUGUGCUAGAUUCUGGUGGGGAGGUAAUGUGGAUAAACAGAAAUUACACUGGUGUACUUGGGAGAGACUUUGUUGGCACAAGUCAGAUGGAGGAAUGGGGUUUAGAGACCUUGCCUUAUUUAAUCAAGCUUUGUUAGCUAAGCAGGCCGCAAGACUUUAUUCUAAUCCGGAUUCUCUCGUUGCUAAGGUUAUGAAAGUACUCUAUUAUCCUACUUCCUCAGUGCUCACUGCCACUAGCUCAAAAAAAUCCUCUUUCAUUUGGAGAUCAAUUUUAUGGGGUAAAGAGCUCUUUCUCUCAGGGGCUAGGUGGCUUAUCAAAGAUGGAAAAAAUGUCUCUGUGUAUCAUGACUGCUGGAUCCCCCGCCUGAAUGGUGAUAGGUCUUGUUCGAAUCAUUUUCUUCUUGAAGAUGCAAUGGUCUCUAGCCUUCUUCUCCCUGAUGGUAAUUGGAACUCUGUUUUGAUCAAUGAGGCUUUUAAUUUGCAAGAGGCGACUGCUAUUCUCUCUAUCCCUCGUUAUCAUCUUCCUAUUACUGAUUGUGUUAUAUGGCAUUUUGAGUCUUCAGGUUUUUAUACCGUUAAAAGUGGAUAUUGGCAGGCCAUUCGUUUGUUGGGGAUGGGCCAGGCUUCAGGCUCUAAUGGAGUUUCGGGACCUGAGACUACGUUCCAUGCUUUAUGGAAUUGUGAUAGACUGAGUAACUUUAGACACGCGGUUGGUAAUAUUAUGCAUGUUCCUCCUUACACUGGAAUGGACAUUUAUGAGUUUUUGUUAAAUUGCUUAGAUUCUUUAUCUGUAACUGACUUUGGAAAACUCAUUGUGUGUUUAUGGCGUAUUUGGUAUCGGCGUAAUAUAUUUGUUAAUGAGAAGACUACUCUUCCUGAUCAGAUGGUUAUUGAUUGGAGCUUGACAUUUCUAGAUCGUCACUUGAAUGCCAAUGGGGGCUCUUUCCCCGCCAGUGAGUCCUUCAGGGAAACCCCGAAAGUGCAUCGUUGGGAGAAACCAGUAGAGGGUGUUGUCAAAAUUAAUUGUGAUGCUGGCCUUGACCAUGUUGCGAAGAAGGCAGGAGCUGGGGCGGUAUUCCGUGACUUUCAUGGCAUGGUCCUUGCCUCUAGUACGUGUUCUUGGGAUCAUUUAUUGGACCCUACUAUUGCCGAAGCCUUGGCGGUUUAUCACAGUAUUUUGUUGUGCUCAAGACUUGGGUAUCAUACGGAGAUCAUUAAAUCUGAUUGUGCCAUUGUGGUCCGUGCUAUUAACAGUCACAAGAUCGAGCAUUCUUAUCUAGGAUUUAUUAUUAGGGAUAUUCUUGCUUAUUGUAACUCUUUUCAUAGUAUCUCCUUUAGUUUUUGUCCUAGAAUGGCCAAUAGUGUUGCUCACUCUUUGGCUAAGUUUGCUUUAUCUCUUUCUAAUGAUUUUGUUUGGUGGCCUGGAUACCCCGAGUGUAUCAAUGUUGUAAUUCAGAAUAACAUUACUUGA